AUGUACACAUAUUAUGCUCAAAAGUUGAACCGCAUUUUCAGUUUGGUAUCCUCACUACCUUCUAACAGCCCUCAACAGCACAUCCACAAUGGGUCGAUGAAAAGCGACGAACAAAACACAUUGGAACGCUACGAAUGCGUUGGGCAUCGCGAGCAAGUUGAACGUGAGACUUCUGUGCCGUCUCGGUCACAUUGUGAUUCAUCCAAGCAACUGCUGCCACACUGGAAGAUGGACUCGCCAACACGCGCCCCCUCGAGCAAUGCAGUGUCCUAUCAAUCGGAUUUUUCUGAUUCCGUCGCUCAGACAGAGAUCUACAACCUUAAUGAUGACUCCAUCUCCUCGAAACAUGAGGAGCCAGGCACAGAAUCCGAGGGAAGAAUGAAUGAGAAAUGUAAUUUAACUAAUCUGGAUAACGUGCCCCGAGAGAUAGCCUCACCGAGAGGUCAAGGAAUGGCAAAUGGAUCUUUUCUCAGUGAACAGAACCGCCACAAGUUUAACCCUGGGGAUAGUGAGAGAGGAACGAACAAAGACCCGGAAGUCGUGUGUGAGUUGAGUAGACAGUUCAAAUUAAUGAAAGUCCGACCACCCUGGCGGGAUCCGAAUUCAAAACCACUACCAAGCGAUCGUACCGCAUCCUUAUACGAUUUAUACGAGCAGUUUUCGAACAACACAUGCAGUGCGAUGGCGAUGACGGAUCUCAGUAGGUUGCUCAACAGAGGAGAAUUGGCUGUCUGCAGACCUUAUCAUGCAACCCUUAACCGUCACAGGCAAUUGGAAAGGAUUCAAAUGGAAAAUUAUAAUCUAGCCAAACGCCUGCAGAGAAUCCGGCCAUCGCCAGGUAUGACAAGGGCGGAACAAUUACGUGAAUACAAACGGUACUUUAUUCCUCCCAGCUGUUUUGUGGUGAGAGCGACUGCAUUACCCCGUCGCCCAGAAACUUCGGUCGCUACGCUAGGGUCAGGUAUUUCUGUGGACCGCCACUCAGGCAACCCAAAACCACAACGCCGGCUUGUGCGCCAGGUCGGUUCUGCUCAGGCGUAUUACAAGAGAUCCGACGGAUCAACCGGAGAACAGGGUUCAACAUCCUCUUCUCAACCACAUGAACGAGCUAGAGUAACUUACACAAGACUAUUAGAGAAGGCAAUAAGUUCGGCAGCUAUUGGACCCUUGAAGUCCUCUAAAAAGCAACGACGGUCGUCACACCAAGAGGCACCAGAUACCAGGCCUAACAUUCGGUGCGCGAAAGCUGAUCAUUUGGAGAUACAAAAAGUCCCCGGUCAUCCAAUUCCUCCUCCACCAUCUCCCACUUGCAUUCGAAGUCAAAAUAGCAGAUGUCAUCGGGCUUUAACGAGUGUUCGGAAAUAAGGUGAUUCAACCACAUUGCUACUCCGAACUAUGUUGCCCCGACGAAUUUGUAUUUUCUAACAUUACUUCAGCUUUUCAGAUGAAUAUCACAUAAUGCGGUGUCGGUGAGUUGGUAUAUACUGUAUCCUUUCAAUUUCGUCUAUGUCCGGUGAAAAUGAACGCUGGUUUCCUUUGCCGGAUCUCAUUCACUCCGCAUCUGUACUUUAAUCAAAGAAGCCAUUGCGUCUUCGCUUAUUAUCUUCUUACACUAUUCAGAUUGAGAUGAGA